CUUGUGGGUCGGGGCGGGGACAAGGGCGAUCCCUGUCCAACUCUGUGUGUCCCUGCAGCUUCGUAAGUCCAGCAGGGAAGGGGACCUCCCGGCCCCUAAGCAGUCGGAAGGCGGGUGGCCGCCGCCAGAGCGAUGGUGCGAGCAGCUCUUCUCCAGCGUGGUACCCGUGCUGCUGGGGGACCCGGAGGAGGAGCCGGGCGGGCGGCAGCUCCUGGACCUCGACUGCUUUUUGUCCGACAUCUCCGACACGCUCUUCACCAUGACUCAGCCUGGGCCCUCACCCCCGCGGCUGUCUGCCGAGGAUGCCUACAUCGGCAAUGCUGACAUGAUCCAGCCAGACCUGACGCCGCUACAGCCCAGCCUAGAUGACUUCAUGGAGAUCUCAGAUUUCCUCACCAGCUACCGCCCCCCGCAGACGCCCACGCCAUCAAACUUCCUGGAGCCCCCCGGCUUCAACCCCGCGGCUGAUUUCCUCUUUAGCAGUGGGAUCUUAGGUCUGGAGGUGCCCCCUGCUGCCUCAGGCAUGACCCACCUCUCAGGACAUAGCCACCUGCAGAUAGACCUUCUACCCUCGGGGUAUCCAGAACCCACAUUCGGGCCUUGCUUCUCCGUGCCGCAGGGCGUGCGGCCCAGAGGCCAGCCCCCUGCCCCAUCCCCCAGGGGACAGAAAGCCAGUGCCCCCACCCUGACUCCUGCCGCCACCAGUCCCACUGCCACCGCCGGGAGCCACAACCCCUGCCUGACACAGCUGCUCACAGCAGCCAAGCCUGAGCAAGCCCUGGACUCGCCACUUGUGUCCGGUGCCCUCCUCCAGCCCCCGGGAUCCCCGCAGGAGACGGUCCCUGAAUUCCCCUGCACCUUCCUUCCCCCAACCCCAGCCCCGACCCCUCCCCGGCCGCCUCCAGGCCCAACCACGCUGGCCACUUCCAGGCUCCUGGUUGUCCCCAAAGCGGAGCGGCUGUCACCCCCAGCACCCAGCGGCAGCGAGCGGCGGCUGUCUGGGGAGCUCACUUCCACCCCAGGCCCAGGGGCCCCGAGUGUCUGCGUCUCUCCCCCUCAACCCAGCCUAAGCCGGGGCCGUCCCGACAACAACAAGACGGAGAACCGGCGUAUCACUCACAUCUCCGCGGAACAGAAGCGGCGUUUCAACAUCAAGCUGGGGUUUGACACCCUUCACGGGCUCGUGAGCACCCUCAGCGCCCAGCCCAGCCUCAAGGUGAGCAAAGCAACCACACUGCAGAAGACGGCCGAGUACAUCGUCAUGCUACAGCAGGAGCGGGCAGCCAUGCAGGAGGAGGCCCAGCUGCUGCGGGACCAGAUCGAGGAGCUCAACGCCGCCAUUAACCUGUGCCAGCAGCAGCUGCCUGCCACAGGGGUGCCCAUCACACACCAGCGAUUUGACCAGAUGAGAGACAUGUUUGAUGACUAUGUCCGAACCCGGACCCUGCACAACUGGAAGUUCUGGGUGUUUAGCAUCCUCAUCCGGCCUUUGUUCGAGUCCUUCAACGGGAUGGUGUCCACAGCAAACCUACACAGCCUUCGCCAGACCUCGAUGGCCUGGCUGGACCAGUACUGUUCCCUGCCUGCUCUCCGGCCAACUAUUCUGAACUCCCUUCGUCAACUGAGCACGUCUACCAGCAUCCUGACCGACCCAAGCCGCAUGCCCGAGCAGGCUACACGGGCAGUCACAGAGGGCACUCUUGGCAAGCCUUUAUAGUCCUGGCCAGACCUGGCAGCUCUCACGCAGCUGCCCUGAGCUGCCUUCCCUGGGCGUGGGCUCCAGGGGUAACCUCUGGGCAUGCCCCUCCUCCUGUCCCAGGCCCUGGCUGUGCCUUUCCCGGGGGGUUGCGCGGGACCCAGGUCUCAUGCUUCCCACCUCCUGAGGCCAAGGAGAGCUGAGUCCCUGCCCCGUCCCACCACUGUUCUCUAGGGGCAGCGGGGUUCAUACCCUGUCUUUGGACCUCUGUUUUCCAAUCUGCAAAAUGGGGAUGGGGAGGGUUUCAAGCAGCAGGUGACCCCAGGCCUCAACAGCUGGGCUGUCGGGAGCCUACGCCAGCAACUCGAAGGAGGGAAGAGGACGAUCCCAUUUCCCUGUCUACCCCUCCUUCCCCCAACCCACAGGUGGGCACAGGCCUCUGUUCCCGAGCAGAGAAGCAGAAAAGGAGGUUCCUCUCUCUGCUCCUUCACUGGUGACUCAGAGGAGCCGCAGGAUGGCUUCCCCUGGGCGAGGCCAGAAGAUCUGAUCCCGGGAGAGACCAAGGCAGGGGUGGAGAAAGUAGGCGGGCAUCUUGCGUGUGUGUGGACGCGUGUGUGUGGAUUUUGUAAAGAAUUCUUAACCAAUAAAUGCAAAAACUGUC